AAACUCCUCAGAGAUUGAAGACCUUUGUUGAAUCUCCCUGAAAGUCAUAAACAAAACAAUGGCUGCCAAGCUGAUCGUCGCCUUUUGUUUGUCUUUUGUUGUACUUACGACCUUAGCAGCUCCGACGCCUGACCAUGGCUCCGGCCACGGACACGGUGGCUUUGGGCACGGACACGGUGGCUUUGGCCAUGGCGGAUAUGGGCAUAGCCACGGACACGGUGGCUACGGACACAGCACCGGUCACGGACACGGUGGAUACGGCCAUGGGCAUGGUUCCGGACACGGCGGAGUCGGUGGUCACGGCUAUUCUCACAUCAGCUAUGGCGGUUACGGUCAUGGGCACGGAGGCUUCGGCCAUGGGCACGGAGGCUUCGGCCAUGGGCACGGGGGCUUCGGCCAUGGAUUUGGUUAUGGUCACUAAAGAACACGUCAGGUUCGUUAUGCCAAAGGUAAAAAAAGGCACUAUAAAUUAAAGUUUUUUUCAUAUUGGGUGUGGAAAGAAUGAAAAAUGCAUAAAUAUUGAAGUAAAAUAACAAUUAAGGUAUUUUCCGAAUUUGAGUGCAAAGAAUAAAAAAAAUAAUAUAAAUACUAAAUAUCUAUUGAUUGAUCUGUCAACAUCUCCUUCAGGUUGGUGCCGUGGAGACUUCAAGAUCUAAUCUAGUCUAGAUAGUAAUAUCCUAUGUAAAGACAGAAUGUAAUGCAAAGUUUAAAUAAAAAA